UUGCCUGCUUUUGCAUUUAAAAACUGGAAAUUUUGUCACAAAUACUGAGAACUUCUCAACAUCUCACUUUCUGAUGGCUCUUUGGAAGAUUUUUAUCUUCAGGCUUCUUCUAUUAACAGGUUUGCGUCUGGCAGGUGGCACAGUCUCUGACAGCUUUAAAGAAUGCAGUCAGUUCUUCUACAUGCACACAGCACCCACAGGUGUCCGAGGGGGCAAUCUGAAGAGGAUAUGCCAACGAUACGGAGAUAAACUACGUUACGCCACGCUGUAUGACAGCAGUCGCCGUUUGGCGCUUUAUUCGGCUUACACCUUCAAAAAGUCAGAUGGACAGCGGAGGAUGGACACACCCUGGAUGUAUGAACCACAGCUGGUUUCUGCUGAUGAAAGCGGGAACAUGAGAGAGUUGCCUUCUAGUGGUGAAACCGACCAACUGCUUGAGGAGAGCCAGGCUGUGUUAGCAGACUAUGUUGAUGCAGUGGAGUACGAGCGUGGCCCACUCAACCCUGACCAGCACCAGGCGGACAACCAAGACAAAGCAGCUACCUAUACUCUCACAAAUGUAGUACCUCAGAUCACAGACUUACUGGAGGGUCCAUGGUCCAUUUAUAUCGAUAUGGUACGUCGCCGCCUGAAUAACUUCUGCCGUGGUGCUGCCUAUGUGGUGACUGGGGUGACUGUAUCAGGGGUGACCAUCCAAAGAGGAAGAGAGGACCGCAUGGCUGUCCCAAAGCACUUGUGGUCCGCUUAUUGCUGUCCAAGGUUUGAUCGAAACUCACCCUAUGAUGUACGAUACAUGUUUCCCACUUAUGCAGCAUAUGCUUUGAAUGAGAUAGUGGGACACAGUGUUACUGAAGUGCCUUUGAAAGCUUUAGAGGCCUUUCUGAAAAGUCAGACUGACAUGGACAAAAGCGUGAGCAUCUUUUUUAAAGACUGUCUCACAGAAAAUACACAUGCCAAUUAGGGAGUGAAUGAAGCGACUCAACACUCCAGCCAGACAUAUGAAAUAAUUCUCCAAAAAAAAUCGGUUCAUUUUAAAUGGAAAAUGUAUUGAAUCUAUAGAAAAGUACUCUUUUUUAAAAAUGUUACAUAAUACUGGGAAUAUGGAGCUUAUACUCGAGGAGUAAACACACAUCAAUUAUAGUCC